ACAGAAUAGAGGCACAUUGUUGCUCCACGUUUGCAUCUCUCUAUAUACAUAGAACUAUUCUCAUCCAUCCAGUCUUGCACGUCAAAAUAGAGACCAAGAACAUGGGGAGUAAAGAAAUGGAGAUAGAAACAGAAGAUGGUAAACAACCAAACGGUUCGAUCUGUGGGUUUGAAUCUCUGCAUACCCUCCUACAAUCUUCCCUCAGUCCCCAAGCCUUCCAGGAAGUCAAUCGCAUACUUCUGGGCCUAAAUUGUGGAAAAACAGUUGAAUCUAUUACACUUCCAGAACCUGCUAAAGCGCUCUCUUUGAAGCAUGAUUUUGAUCUCCAGGCAUUCUGCUUUAAUGCUGACAAGGAGUUGAUGAGAGAACCUCGAAUAGUCAGGGUUGGUCUUAUUCAGAACUCUAUUGAUCUUCCUACAACUGCGCCCUUUUUGGACCAAAAGAAAGCAAUCUUUCAGAAAGUGAAGCCUAUCAUCGAUUCUGCGGGUGCUUCAGGAGUCAAUAUAUUGUGUUUGCAAGAAGCAUGGAUGAUGCCGUUUGCAUUUUGUACUCGUGAGAAAAGAUGGUGCGAAUUUGCAGAGCCCGUUGAGGGAGAAUCAACACAAUUCCUUCAAGAUCUUGCACAGAAGUAUAACAUGGUCAUAAUAAAUCCAAUUCUUGAGAGGGAUCUGAAGCAUGGAGAGACCAUCUGGAACACUGUUGUAAUUAUUGGAAACCAUGGUAACAUAAUUGGCAAGCAUCGGAAGAACCAUAUACCCAGAGUCGGCGACUUCAACGAGAGCACAUAUUAUAUGGAAGGGAACACUGGGCAUCCUGUGUUUGAAACAGCUUAUGGAAAGAUUGCAAUUAAUAUAUGUUAUGGGAGACACCAUCCUCUAAAUUGGUUAGCUUUUGGCUUAAAUGGUGCAGAGAUUGUUUUCAACCCGUCCGCUACUGUUGGUGCCCUCAGUGAACCAAUGUGGCCUAUUGAGGCUCGUAAUGCUGCAAUUGCAAAUAGUUACUUUGUUGGGUCAAUCAAUCGUGUUGGAACUGAAACUUUCCCCAAUCCAUUCACUUCAGGCGACGGAAAGCCUCAACAUGCAGAUUUCGGGCAUUUCUAUGGUUCCAGUCAUUUUUCAGCACCAGAUGCUUCAUGUACACCAUCUCUAUCCCAUUACAGGGAUGGGCUGAUAAUAGCAGACAUGGAUCUCAACCUCUGUAGGCAGCUGAAAGACAAGUGGGGGUUCCGAAUGACAUCUCGAUACGAGUUAUAUGCAGAAAUGCUUGGCCGUUAUGUGAAGCCAGACUUUGAGCCCCAAGUCAUUGCUGAUCCUUUGUUACAUAAGAACCCUUCAUGAAUUCAAGAUCAGAUUACUUUUUAUCUGACGCGAGGAAUGGAAAUGGGAUUGUUAUAAAACAAUUUCUGAUGGAAAAUAAACUUGUUUGUUGUUUAUAAUUGAAUAAGAAUUUGUUGUUCAAACUA